GAGGAGGGGGACGACGACGAAGGGGGGGAUCCGGGCCUGCUCCUCUGGAGGGCAUGCGGGGGGGCCCGCGCUAGCCGCUGCCGGAGAUGGGCGGCCCCGCGGCGGCCGCCGCGGGGGCCUGGGAGGAGCAGGACCGAGCAGCUCCCCAGCGUCGAGGGCCUGCAGGACCUGAGUGUCUCGCUGCGGAGGCACAGCACGCACGGGACGGUCGUGGUGCUCGCCAAGGUCGGAGGCCCCCUGUGCAGCGCGGGCAUGCUCUUCGCCACGGAGGCCAGCGACGACAAAGGCCUUUGCCACUGCCUGGAGCACCUCUGCUUCAUGGGCAGCCGCCUCUACCAGAAGGGCUAG